CGUGACCGGAAGGGGUGAGCAAGAGGCGGAAGUGAAAGCGGGGAGGGUGUUUGGCCCCAUUAAAGCGGAGCUGAACGGAGCAGAAGGUUGGUGGUCGUGGGGGGACAGUGCGGUAAGCCGGGUCGUGUUGUCUUCCACGUAAGUGCGCUUGAAUAUUCAUCUGAAUUCUGUAAUAAUGACUUCUAGAAAGAAAGUAUUACUCAAAGUCAUCAUUCUUGGAGAUUCAGGGGUGGGAAAGACAUCUCUUAUGAAUCAGUAUGUAAACAAGAAAUUCAGUAACCAGUACAAAGCUACAAUAGGAGCAGAUUUCCUGACCAAGGAGGUGAUGGUGGAUGAUAGAUUAGUCACAAUGCAGAUAUGGGAUACAGCAGGGCAAGAGCGGUUUCAGUCUUUGGGAGUUGCCUUCUACAGGGGAGCGGACUGCUGUGUGCUGGUAUUUGAUGUAACAGCUCCCAACACAUUUAAAACUCUUGAUAGCUGGCGAGAUGAGUUCCUCAUUCAAGCCAGUCCACGAGAUCCUGAGAACUUUCCUUUUGUUGUGCUGGGAAACAAGAUUGACCUAGAAAAUAGACAAGUUACCACAAAACGAGCACAGGCCUGGUGCUACAGCAAAAACAAUAUUCCUUACUUUGAAACCAGUGCUAAGGAGGCCAUUAAUGUGGAACAAGCUUUCCAGACAAUUGCACGAAAUGCACUUAAACAGGAAACUGAAGUGGAGCUUUACAAUGAAUUUCCGGAGCCCAUCAAGCUAGACAAGAAUGACCGAGCAAAGGCUUCUGCGGAGAGCUGCAGCUGCUGAGGUGGGGCUGGAGGGAUUAAGUACAGUCCUUCACAAACCGAUAUCACACUUAGGCCUUCAACCAUAAAUGGCCCCUCUCCUGUCCUGGGGGGAAAAAAAAAGAAAGAUACCAUUUUCAGCUGCCAAAAUCCCCCCUGACCAUGAACAACUUGUAAGCCCAUUCAUUCCUUCACACAACUUCAUCAGUAUCCUUGCAUCCCAUUACAUUUUUAUGGUAGCAGACCUUUCUCCUCUAGUUAAAAAGGAGCCUCUUUAACAUUUGGAACUUAAGCUACUUCCAGAUGUCCAUUGGAAAGAAACGGUGUACAGAUGCUCUGUAACAAUUUCCCUUUAAUUGUCUUGUGUUCCCCUGUGAAGGCGGCAACUGGAAAGGCUGAUUACUCAAUAGUUCGUUGCAAGCUCAGCACUCAGUUCCACUAUGUUGAGUUUUGUACGUCUCUGUUAAUGCUUGUUACUUUUAACUAAUCAGAUCUUUUUACAGUAUCCACAUAUUAUGUAAUGGCUUCUUUAGGAAAAAGAAUCUUAUAGUACAUGUUAAUAUAUGCAACCAAUUAAAUGUAUAAAUUAGUGUAAAAUUCUUGAAUUACAUGUUUAAGUACUGAAACACAAGCUGUUUAGGUAAUGAACAGGUCACUUGUGAAAUGCAGUGUGCUAGAAGCACAAGUCCAAAUAGACAGUAUUCUGUACAGUAGAAGCAAGAAUUAUGUAAACAUUUUUAUUGAUUUAAGAGCCAAAAAGCUUCAUCUCCUUGAAAAAUAUUAUCUGGCUUAUUUGUAGUGAAAAAUUUUCAAAUGCAUGAUUUUGCGUGCCGGAUUAUUGGACUUCAGAAAUUAAAUACCGUUUUCAAAAUGAUUGCUUUGUUUCCUUUUACCCCUUUCACAAUUACUCUACAAAUGUAAAGAGGAGUCUGAAAUGUCUGACUCUUGUAGAGACAGCCCCAUCUGGGUAGUGACAGUCAGUCUUAAUGGCGAAGUGCCCUUUCCUCCCCAUCUUUCUCUUGCCAUCACUUGUCUGGAUUUCCUCUAGUGAAACCUUGGCAAUUUUGUUCUGCCCUCUACUUAUCCUUGCAUUUGUAGCUUUCUUGGAUGGCCAUUUCUACUGUUCCCCCCAACCUGAGGUCUACACUCUAGCAUGUAGCCAGAAUUCUUCUGUAAAGAAACACGCCAAUAAACUUAACAAGAACAAA